AUGUGGAGGCCCGUGAUCCUGGCCAUCGCCUCCCUGAACCUCGCCGCGAUGGGCGGCGUCCUGUACGCCGUGCUCGCCCCCGGGCCGCACCCGGGCCGCCCAGCGCCCUCGUUGCGGAGAGCCGUCGAGAAAACCGACGCCCAGAGCCCGCGGCAGCCGGACAAGGAGGCGCUCGCGGCUGCGGCGGCGCCGUCGGGGAGCUACGAGAUGCUGGCGGAGGCUGGCGGCAGCGGGCCCAGCCAGCCACGGCGAGGUCGUGCCGCGCCCAGGGGCGACGGGGCCAACCUGACAUCCUCGCGAUGGGUGCGCGCCGCCUGACCGACGGGGGGCGCUGCGGCCGCUGAGGAGGGCUCCGGGGCGCUGUCGGGCCUCGGGGGGCCGAACAACAGGAUAGGCGUGUACAGGCGUCUCCGUCACAGAAUUCAGCAGGGGGGCUUUGGAGACGGGCCCGCCGAGCUACGUGAGCUUAACGUUUGACGGCCCCUCGCGUGGGAGACGCAGGGCUUGAUCAGAAUCUCCCUUUUCAAGGGCGCUGCCCAGUUCGAUUUUGAGAGGCCCUCGGGGUACCUAAAGGGUCCCCCGACAGAAGGCCCCCUUUACGCCUCCCCCUCAUCUUUCAAACCCACGUCCGCCUCCAGUGCUCUCUGGCACGGCACCCAUGCGCUACAGUUCUUAACCCCGCCGCGUGGCGGCGCGCGCGCCGCACGCCGCGCGCCGCCGAGGCCCCUCCGGCGGCGACGGCGGGCGAGCGCCGCGGCUCUGCGCCGCCGAGCCGUCCCGGCCUGCGGGCGCGCGGGCGCGGCCGAAUUCGAGGCAAGAGCCACCUCGGCUCGGCCACGCCGGCUGCGCGCAAGAGUGGCCCUCUUCGUCGGGGCGGCCCCGUGGUGUGUUGCCCGCAGAGGUGCCCCCCCGGCGCCGGGCUACACGCUCGGAGUGGGCGCCCCAGCGGGGCCCCGAGGCCUCCUCCUCCUCCUCCUCCUCCUCCUCCUCCUCCUCCUCCUCCUCCUCCUCCAAGGAGGCAGGUGCGGAGGCGGCUCCGCUGGGCGUUCGGAUGCUCCUCGGGCAGUCGUGCGUAGCUACGCGCCGCAAAAAGCACGCGAGCACGGCGACUUCGAGAGCGAGCGCCUCUCAUGAGCA